UCGAGUUAAAAUCCUCAAUUACUUCAUUUUCUUUCGCUUUCAUAAAUGCUAUAUGCAAUUUGAUUCGAUUUCAAUUUUGAAACGCUCCAUCUCUUUGGCAAAACCCUUCCAAAAUCAAAUCCCUUCGAUCUCUUUCUUGUAGAUCGCUGUUUCAAUCUCUGUUUGUUUGCCUACCAAACGCUCGUGCGAGCGAUCGCCUUUUGCUUUUGUUACUCUUUUUGAUACAAUAAUCAUUUGUUGUUUGGUUUUUGCCCUUUGCUUGGAUGGUGGGGUUUUCCUGCCUUUUUGUUGUAUUCCUUUCUUGAUUCCUUUUCAUGUUCUUAUUCAUUUCUUUACAGAUUAUACUGGUAUUGAUUGUAUUUCUUUUUCCUCUCGAUUUGUAAUCUGUUCUUCACGCACCCACAUGCAUGUUUUUGGGUUUGUCUGAUCUGGAUUGGAUCACAAGGAUCUUUUUGUUCUUUUUCUACUUGAAGAGAGAGAGAGAAAAAGGGUGGGUUUAGGCUCUUUUUCCCCCAAUCUUGGUCUCUAUUUGGGGUCAUGGAAGAAGCAAACAGGAGGAGGAGAAGGUGAGAUAUCUUGAAUUGAAGGAUAUUCUCAUUGGUCCACUUGAGAAACCUUUCUUCUUUGUUUGAUAUUGGUGUCGACGUUCUCUAUUGGGCUGUUGCUUGUGUUCUUGUGACGGCGGGGUGUAGUCCAGUAAUUGAGUCUGCUGGAACUCCGGGAAGGAUUCAAGAGAUUCUUCCAUUUUUGUUGGCUAAUCAUAAUGUCCUCGCUCUGUGCUUAUUGAGUUUGAUUUUUGAACUUUGUUUGAGUUUUUGAGUUGAAUGACUCUUGAUUUGGAAUGCUGUUGAGCCAUGGCUGGUAUUGAUGUUUCCAAGUAUGCGCAUAGCCCUGUACACAAGGCUGUGGCCACUAGGGAUUAUACCAGUCUCAAGAGAAUCCUUGCAGGCCUUCCUAGGCUUUGUAAUCCAUCUGAGAUUCGCACGGAGGCUGCUUCGUUAGCCGAGGAAAACAAGGCUGAUGCCAUUUCUGCCAUGAUUGAUCGCCGAGAUGUCCCGAAUCGGAACACUCCACUGCAUUUGGCUGUAAAGCUUGGGGACGAGACUGCUACCGAAAUGCUUAUGAUUGCUGGGGCAGAUUGGAGCUUGCAAAAUGAGCAUGGUUGGAGUGCACUUCAGGAAGCUAUUUGCAGUAGACAAGAAGGGAUUGCUAUGAUAAUAGUUCGGCAUUACCAGCCAUUGGCUUGGGCAAAAUGGUGUCGGAGAUUGCCUCGCUUGAUUGAGACGAUGCGAAGAAUGAGGGAUUUCUACAUGGAAAUCACUUUCCACUUCGAGAGUUCAGUGAUCCCUUUCAUUUCCAGGAUUGCUCCUUCAGAUACUUACAAGAUCUGGAAAAGAGGUGCUAACUUGAGGGCAGAUAUGACAUUGGCUGGUUUUGAUGGAUUUCGAAUUCAACGUGCUGACCAGAGUGUUCUUUUUCUUGGCGACGGGACAGAGGACGGAAAAAUGCCUUCUGGUUCACUCUGUAUAGUAUCACACAAGGAGAAGGAGGUAAUGAAUGCUUUGGAUGGUGCUGGUACUCAGGCAACAGAAGAGGAAAUUAGACAAGAAGUGACAGCAAUGUCUCAGACUAAUAUAUUUAGACCUGGAAUCGACGUCACUCAGGCCGUUCUUUUGCCUCAGUUGACUUGGAGGCGCCAGGAGAAAUCCGAAAUGGUGGGUGCCUGGAAAGCUAAAGUAUAUGAUAUGCACAAUGUGGUUGUAAGUAUCAAAUCCAGGAGGGUCCCUGGGGCUAUGACAGAUGAAGAGUUGUUCUCAUCUUGUAAUGAAAAUGAAACCGAGGGCGAGGAGUUUGAUGACAUUUUAACCGAGGACGAGCGAAAGCAACUCGAGAAUGCACUUAAACUAGAUUCAUCCGAAUUAGCUUCUGAGAACGGUGACGGGGUUAUCGGGCAUCGCCAUAGUUGUUUUGAGCAAAGGGAAGUUCCUAUUGAGGAAGCAAAUGGAAGCGGAAAUGGAGAUAUACGUCAGGAAAAGAAAGGAUGGUUUGGGGGAUGGAGGAAACGAGAUAGAAAAGGCGAAGCGCCGAAGAAGAUUGCUCCUCCAAGAAGCUCCCUUUCUCUGGAUGAUAAAGCAGGUGAUCUUCUAGGGGACUAUCCUGAAAAUCAUAGCAGUAGACCCGGAAGACAUUCUGUAGAGAUAGUUGCCGAACACCGAAGAGGAAGGGAAAUCAGAACUACCUCUUCAACGUCCACGAGCAAAAAUCGGCACAAGGAUGGGAGUCAUGAAAAUGAGUAUAAGAAGGGGUUGAGACCUGUUCUUUGGCUUUCUCCAAGCUUUCCCCUACAAACUGAGGAACUGCUGCCGUUGCUGGAUAUUUUAGCUAACAAGGUCAAGGCAGUUCGCCGAUUGAGAGAACUGCUAACCACAAAACUCCCAAUGGGAACCUUUCCGGUUAAGGUUGCCAUCCCUGUGGUUCCAACCAUCAGAGUGAUUGUUACCUUCACAAAGUUUGAAGAACUACAACCAGUUGACGAGUUUGCGACGCCCCCGUCAAGCCCUACGUCUGCAGCAAGCAGGGAGAGCCCAUCAGCAACACAUUCCUCAAGUUCGUCUUGGUUUCAGUGGAUAAAAGCCCCGUAUCAACACCCGAGUUCAUCAUCCAAUGUUACUAGCAGUAGGAUAGAAACUCUCGAAGACCCGUUCGCCAUCCCCCGCGACUACACCUGGGUUAAUGCUGAAGAGAAGAAAAAGAAGAUGCAGGAAAAAAACAAAGCAAAGAAAGGAAGAAGUCGCCGGGAUUGAAUCCAAAGUCGUCACGAGUUCGAUCCCUCGAAGU